ACAUUUUGGCUAAAUUCAUAAGAAGAUUUAUACAAGUACAUUAUGAUGCAAUAAUAAUUUAGAUUUUAAUAAGUGUGUAAUAUUAAUGUUUUAUUUGAAAUUUUAUUAAAUGUGGUGUUUUGUUGAAAAGAUCCCUAAUCGUGCGUCAAAUUACAAUUUUAUUGAUAUUUUAAGCAAUGGAAUCUUCACACGAAAUAACUUUUAUACAUAAAUCGUUAUUUAAUUUGUGCAUAUUAUAUAUAAUAACUAAAACAUGUAUACUGAAGAUCCAAUUAAAUAUGAAUCAGAUCUACAAAAACAUAUAUCCAUGUCAAUAUGGACAAAACAAGCUCGAAAAAGAAUACAGGAAUAUGCUAGACUCUGGAGGGCUAGACAUAUCUUAGAUGCUAUUUCUUUUAUAAAUGAAUUAUUUGUUGAUAGUUCAGAAGUUGAAAUAUUGAGUCUUGUCAAUGUAAUCGCAAGAAGAUUAAAAUUUUUAGGUGUACCAGAUUCUUCAGAAAACAAGCAAAAUGACAUUUCUGAUAAUGAGAAAAAAUUAUUUAUAUUAAAUCAAGGACACAGUGGUAUUUAUCAUUGUUGCACAUUUUGUUCAAGUGGUGGAAAAAAAGAUGUUAUUUGUGCUUGUGGAGGAAGAAUGCCAGGUGGGUAUCAUGGAUGUGGACAUGGACAUGUUGGUCACCCUGGUUCUAAUCAUUGGUCUUGUUGUGGAUCGCUCUUACGCGACGGACGUUGUUUAAUAACCCGACGACAUAAAUACCAGUUUUUACUUUAAUACUUACUGUGUAUCCUGUCUAUGUCUGUCUGAAAAUAUUAGCUGCAAAUACUUAUAAUAGAAUAAUAUAAUAAAUAUCAUUGCAUAAAUUACUAUGUAUGUUUCAUGUAAAUAUACAAAUAAAUAUUAUUUUCAUUGUAAAUCCA